AGCAAAGCAUGUUUCUUUGGAUAUCAUGAUAUCACACUUCUGAUACAUUUGUACAAAUCCUGUUAUCCAUGAUUUACCUAUUAUUUAACAUAAUGGUAUGGUCCAACUGAUGCCGCCAUCUUUGAGAACAACCGACACGAGAACUUCUGAGAAGAGAGAAAGUUGAGUAUAAAAGGAAACGUACCAGGCCACAAAUAUGCCGACUGUUGCCGAAACGCCGAACGAGUUCAAGUUGAACAACUGCCCGACAGACGGCAUCUCAGCGGUGAAGUUCAGCCCAACCAGCUCCCAGCUGCUGCUGGUGUCGUCAUGGGACUGUUCGGUGAGACUGUACGACGUGGCCGGGAACAACCUCAGGAACAAGUACACACAUUCCAGCGCCGUCCUCGACUGUUGCUUCUUUGACCCAGUGCACCCCUACAGUGGUGGACUGGACCAGAUGCUGAAGACAUGUGACCUGAACACAAGCCAAGAAACUGUUGUUGGGAACCAUGAUGCACCCAUCCGCUGUGUGGAGUACUGUCCUGAUGUCAACGUGGUCAUCACAGGCAGCUGGGACCAGACUGUCAAGCUGUGGGACCCACGCACACCCUGUAACGCUGGGUCCUUCUCACAGCCGGGGAAGGUGUACACAAUGGCAGUUACCGGUGAUCGACUGAUAGUGGGAACAGCAGGUAGACGAGUGUUGGUGUGGGACCUGAGGAACAUGGGAUAUGUGCAACAGAGACGAGAGUCCAGCCUGAAGUACCAGACCCGCUGCAUCAGGGCCUUCCCCAACAAGCAGGGCUAUGUGCUCAGCUCCAUAGAGGGCCGGGUAGCUGUGGAGUAUUUAGACCCCAGCCCUGAGGUACAGAAGAAGAAAUAUGCCUUCAAGUGUCAUCGCAUCAAGGAGGACGGAAUUGAGAAGAUCUACCCUGUCAAUGCCAUUGCCUUCCAUAGCAUGCACAACACAUUUGCUACAGGAGGUUCAGAUGGUUUUGUGAACAUCUGGGACGGUUUCCACAAAAAGAGGCUGUGUCAAUUCCACCGCUAUCCCACCAGCAUUGCUUCCCUUGCCUUCAGCCAUGAUGGCAGCGUCCUGGCUAUUGCUUCAUCCUACAUGUAUGAGGAGCUGGAUGUGGAACAUCCAGAGGAUGCCAUCUACAUCCGUAAUGUCACCGAUCAGGAAACCAAACCCAAAACCUCAGGAGCAGCUUCUUGAAACAAAAGCCACAGAGGACAACAAUUCUGACUUUGUGCAGUUCAAGAAAGACAAGUACAUAAUGUAGUAUGGUGCCAGCUUCAUUACAGAGAAUGUUUCCCAAAACUACGUGGAAAUUGAAUUGCAUGCUAGAUACACUGUAUAACAGAAGUACUGUACAGGUAGGCUUUAUGAUAUAUGAUAGCUUAAAGAAUAAGAUAAGCAAUUAAUAUACAUGUAGCAUAUUCAUAGACCUCUAAGUAAAAUUAAAAUAGCUGGAGUUUUUUCCUACAUACAGAAAAUAAAGGAAAUACUUUGUACAUAUUGUAGUGUUUUGGUAGUACAAUUAAUUCAUAAUUGCAUCUCAGGUGGAUGUCAUAAGUUUGAUUUUUUAUUGGCUUGGAACUAAUCAUUUUUAGCUUGUAUUUCAGUACUUAUUAUCCUCAUACCUGGUAGUACUUAGGAUAGGAGAGUUGUAAAGGUUGUACAUGUACCAUUAGGAAUCAUAGGAGGAGUUGUGUGGCCAUAACCUAAACAGAAAUACAGAAGAAGAUGGAUAGGGAACUAUAUCUUACCGAAGAAACAUAUAUGCUGUAGACCCUCACCCUUCUCCCAAAAAAGAAAUGUUUGCACUUGAAUUCCUUGCCUCCAACAUGAUGUCCUGGUCUAUUGUCAACAUUUUCUUUUGUUACACGCUGUCACUAAUGUUGAAUAAAGUACAGUUGUUUUCCUGA